UCUAUCUACACACUUGUUGCCUUUGGUCCCUGCAACCCCCAUAUUCUCUACUCUAUCAUUCAUUUUCCUCAUCAAUCUCCUCAGCUCAGAAAGAGAAGUAGUCAAUAGGCAAAACAAGAAGAAGAGGAAGAAAUGGCAUUUGCAGGAACAACCCAGAAGUGCAUGGCUUGUGACAAAACCGUGUAUCUGGUUGAUAAGCUCACAGCUGAUAACAGAAUCUUCCACAAAGCCUGCUUCAGAUGCCAUCACUGCAAAGGAACCCUCAAGCUCAGCAACUACAAUUCAUUUGAGGGAGUACUUUACUGCAGGCCACACUUUGACCAACUCUUCAAAAGAACCGGGAGUCUUGACAAAAGCUUUGAAGGCACACCGAAAAUUGUAAAACCAGAGAGACCUAUUGACAGUGAGAAACCUGCAGCGUCUAAAGCUUCGGGCAUGUUUGGUGGAACCAGAGAUAAAUGCUUUGGUUGCAAGAAUACCGUCUAUCCAACAGAAAAGGUUACGGUGAAUGGAACUCCCUACCACAAGAUGUGUUUCAAAUGCACACAUGGAGGGUGCACAAUCAGUCCAUCGAACUACAUUGCGCACGAGGGACGCCUCUACUGCAAGCACCACCACACCCAACUCAUCAGGGAGAAAGGAAACUUGAGCCAGCUCGAGGGUGGUGGUGACAAUGAGAAAGCCACAGCAGUUGCUGCUGAAAUAUAAUUUGAAACAAAGAGCGGAUGAUACACAAUAGUAAUGCCCUCUAUCAUCGUUGAUGUUGUCCCUCUACUUUACCAUUUCCUUGCAAUCUAGAUUGGUGGAAUCCUAUAUAGCAUUCUAGCGUGCGGGUUCAUUUGUUGUUUUCGGGUUUUGCUGUGAGGUUGUGAAUGCAUUUCUUCAGAUGAGAGAUGCCAAAUGAGGCUUAUCUGUACUCUGUUUUGUUCUUAUUGGUUUUCAAUAUAUAAUGAAAACUCCUGACGCCAAAGGAGUAGUUCAU